CCUUCACUGCCACUCACAACUACACGCGCGACCACACUCUCUCUCUCUCUCUCUCUUCUGAAGCACUCAAGAGAGUAAAGUUCUCUCUCUCUCCCUCUCUCUAGUAAAAUGGCGGGUCGGAUCCAAUCCCACCAGCUUCCUAAUGGACUCUACGUCUCCGGUAAGCUCGAACAGCCUAAAGAACCACGACCACCGACAAUGGCGGCUCGUGCCGUGCCUUACACCGGAGGCGACAUCAAGAAGUCCGGCGAGCUUGGGAGGAUGUUCGACGUCUCCCUCCUCGAUCCCCAAGGACCUCCGCCUCCUCCGCCGCUCAUCGUCGGCGGUAACAGCAGCGGCGGGAACUCCAGGCAGCAUGCGCCGCCGCGUGUCUCCGCCUCUUCUUCGAACCCCAACAGUGGAUCCGUUCGGUCCGGACCCAACUCCGGUCCGGUUAAGAAAUCUUCCGGUCCGCUCUCUCAGCUCCAGCCUACCGGUUUGAUAACCUCCGGUUCGCUAUCCGGUCCGAUCGGGUCCGGGUCCAGACGGUCGGGUCAGAUGGACCGUCAAGUGAGUAACUUGGGAUCGAGCAAGGCGAAAUACGGGUCGUCGGUGACGUGUCUGAACGCCGACCCGGUUCGGGUCGGGUUUAAAGUGCCGAAGACGGUUGUCUGGGCGGUGGUGAUCGUGGCGGCGAUGGGGUUGCUUGUGGGGGCGUUUUUAACUGUGGCGGUGAAGAAACCGGUGGUGAUUGCGGCGGUUAUAGCGGCGGUGGUUCCCGCCGUGGUGGUUUUGGUUUGGAACUGCGUUUGGGGAAGGAAAGGGCUGUUGAGUUUCAUCAAGAAGUAUCCAGAUGCUGAGCUUAGAGGCGCCAUUGAUGGACAGUUCGUUAAAGUUACUGGGGUUGUAACGUGUGGAAGCAUUCCACUAGAGUCAUCAUACCAAAGAACACCAAGAUGCGUCUAUGUUUCCACGGAGUUGUAUGAGUACAAAGGUCUUGGUGGAAGAUCCGCAAAUCCAAAACAUCGAUGCUUUUCUUGGGGAUCUAGACACGCAGAGAGAUAUGUUUCGGAUUUUUACAUAUCAGACUUCCAAUCUGGAUUAAGAGCGCUGGUAAAAGCAGGAUAUGGAUCAAAAGUUUCUCCUUUCGUCAAACCGGCGAAGGUGGCUAAUGUAACGACUCAGAACAAAGAUUUGUCUCCCAGCUUCCUAAAGUGGCUGUCGGAUCGCAACCUCUCUGCUGAUAACCGUGUCAUGCGUCUCAAAGAAGGAUACAUAAAAGAAGGAAGCACGGUGAGCGUGAUGGGAAUGGUGAGAAGACACGACAACGUUCUGAUGAUAGUUCCUCCAGCAGAACCUGUCUCCACUGGCUGCCGGUGGUGGCGCUGCCUCCUCCCGACCUAUGCAGAUGGCCUAAUCAUCACCUGCGACGAUAAUCAAAACGCUGAUGUCAUCCCUGUCUGAAACCAAAUAUAUGUAUCUAAUGCUUCUUUUUUCCCCAAAAAAUUCAAUUAUAUAUAAAUGCUUAAGAGAGAGGCUCACGAGACAGAAGAAAGAAUGAGAGGAAUGUCUUUUGCGAUGACCCUAUUAGCUGUUGUUUUUUUGCCCCCCUUCUUUGGGGUUUAUGUUUUGUUUUGUGUACAUAACGCUCCAAAUUGUAAAUGCUUAAAUAAAUAUUAUGUUCCAUUUUACUA